AAAACAUUAUUAUUCCUUCCAAAACAAAAUUCCCUUUCAAUUUUCCCUCUCUUUUAUUUUAACCUUUUUCUCCCACCGCACCCCCCUAAUCAUUUCUCACCCAUUCCCUUCCCCACCUCUCUCUUUCUCUCUCCAUUUACCACAAUUAGUAUUUAGAGUAAACAUUGCUUCAUAGAGACACAAAAGAGUCCAAAAAAAUGAAGCUCAACUUAGAGAUAGCAGUAACACUUCUCCUAACUCUUGCUAUUUCUGUUUUCCACAUUACUUCAGCUGAAGAUCCAUAUAAAUUCUUCAACUGGAAUGUUACUUAUGGUGACAUUUACCCACUUGGAGUUCGCCAAACAGGUAUAUUGAUCAAUGGACAAUUCCCUGGUCCAGACAUUCAUUCUGUUACAAACGACAACCUCAUUAUCAAUGUCUUCAACAGUUUAGAUGAACCCUUUCUCCUCUCUUGGAAUGGGAUCCAGCAGAGGAGGAAUUCAUUUGAGGAUGGUGUAUUUGGAACAACCUGUCCAAUUCCACCAGGGAAGAACUUCACUUACAUACUUCAAGUGAAAGAUCAAAUUGGAAGUUUUUACUAUUUUCCAUCACUUGCAUUUCAUAAAGCAGCCGGUGGUUUUGGAGGUAUUAGGAUACUGAGUAGGCCAAGGAUUCCAGUUCCUUUUCCUGACCCGUCUGGUGACUACACUGUACUUAUUGGUGAUUGGUACAAGUCCAACCAUACGACUCUAAAAGCCCAUCUUGAUAGAGGAAAGAAGCUUCCUAUACCUGAUGGAAUCCUCAUCAAUGGUCGCGGUCCAAAUGGAUUAUCUUUCAACGUCGAACAAGGAAAGACUUACAGGCUUAGAAUAUCAAAUGUGGGACUACAACAUUCCCUUAACUUCAGAAUUCAGAAUCACAAAAUGAAGUUGGUAGAAGUUGAAGGGACACACACUCUUCAAACUACAUACUCCUCACUUGAUGUUCAUGUCGGACAAUCCUAUUCUGUGCUAGUAACUGCUGAUCAACCUUCUCAAGACUACUACAUUGUGGUUUCCACAAGAUUUUCGGCGAAGAUCCUCACCACUACUGGUGUACUUCGCUAUAGUAACUCUGCAGGCCCGGUAUCAGGCCCACCUCCUGGUGGUCCGACAAUCCAAGUUGACUGGUCUUUGAACCAGGCCCGCUCAAUCAGGACUAACCUUACCGCAAGUGGACCAAGGCCUAAUCCACAAGGAUCCUACCAUUACGGUCUCAUAAACACGACCAAGACAAUCAUUCUGUCUAGUUCUCCUGGUCAAGUUAAUGGCAAGCAAAGAUACGCGAUUAACAGUGUGUCUUACAUUUCACCAGACACGCCUCUUAAGCUCGCUGACUACUUCAAAAUUUCCGGUGUUUUUCGCGUUGGAAGCAUAUCUGAUAGGCCCACUGGGGGUGGCAUUUACCUUGACACGUCUGUUUUGCAAGCUGAUUACAGAUCUUUCAUUGAGAUUGUCUUCCAAAACAACGAGAACAUCGUUCAGAGCUAUCAUCUUGAUGGCUACUCUUUCUUCGUGGUUGGUAUGGAUGGAGGACAGUGGACAACUUCUAGCAGAAACAAUUACAAUCUCCGAGAUGCAGUCUCGCGUUGCACCACUCAGGUAUAUCCUUAUUCAUGGACUGCUAUUUAUAUUGCUCUCGACAACGUUGGAAUGUGGAACUUAAGGACUGAGUUUUGGGCGCGACAGUACCUUGGCCAACAGUUUUAUUUGCGUGUUUACACAGCAUCAACCUCAAUCAGAGACGAGUUUCCUAUUCCAAAGAAUGCGCGUCUCUGUGGUAGGGCAAGCGGGCGACACACACGACCUCUUUGAGCUAGCAAAGGUUUAAAGAAUCCAUUCCACAGUUAUGAAGGCAUUCUAGCUUUAGAAUCAUGAUGAAAAGUAGUUAACUUAUCUACUUGUAAUUUUAUUGUUGAGUGUUUCGAAUAUAUAUGUUGUGCUCCGGUCGAAUCACGAAGAUUUUCGAGUCUAAAUGACCUCAACUCGAGGUCACAUUCUUUUCCAGCCAAAAAAGAAGAAUACUAUUUAUGUUCCCUUUGUAUUA